AUGCAUCCCGAGGACGCCCUGAAAAGGAUGCGCACGGCUGGCAGCAUUUCCAUCUCGCCCGAGCUGUUCGAGAAGCUCUACCUGUCGCCCCAGAACAAUGUCAAGGGCGACCUGCGCAGGACCUUUGGCAACCCGACGCCUAUCGCCCUCGUAGGCUUCAUCAUCGCCCUCGGGCCCCUCGCCUGCGACCUGAUGGGCUGGCGCGGCGCUGGCGGCAGUGGCUCGGCCUCCAUCCCCGCGUUCCUGUAUUUUGGCGGCGUUCUGAUGCUUCUCGGUGGCAUCCUUGAGUUCUUCCUGGGAAACACAUUCCCCUCGGUCGUCUUCUGCUCUUUUGGAGCCUUUUACUUCACCUUUGGCAGCACCCUGAUCCCCCAGUUCUCCGCGUACGCCAACUAUGCCCCUCCCGGCGGGGCCGCGGCUGAAGGGUUGGCCACGCAGGGUUUCAACGCAAGUUUCGGCUUCAUCACCUUGUCCAUGGGCCUGCUGUCCUUGGUCUUCCUCGUGUGCGCCCUGCGCACCAACAUCGUCUUUGUCAUCAUCUUCAUCAGCCUCGUCACGGCUUUUGGCUUUGUCACGGGUGCCUACUGGGCUCUAGCCUCCAACUACACUGGCAACGCCGGGUUCGCGGGCAAGCUCCUGGUGGGCGCCGGCGCUUGUACAUUUGUCGCUACGGCCUGCGGAUGGUGGAUCUUUGUGGCCAUCAUGCUCGCCGCACUCGACUUCCCCUUCGUUCUUCCAGUUGGAGACCUGAGCACCGUCAUCCGGGGAAUGAGCGACCGGAAUAAGGAGAAGGUUUAA